AUGUGGGCCCGAGCCAUUCGCCGCUUCGGCAGCGGAGCACCUCGGCGUGGUGCUGAAGAGCUGCCACGUGCCUUCUGGGAAGAGGUCCGAGAAGCAGAGCAGCGGAGACAGAAGGCCGCACGAAGCGCGCGAAGCCGACACCUCCUGCCUGGCCGGCGCGAGCAGCGCGAGUGGGCCGAGGAGAAGGAGGCCCUGUCAAGCCGCCGCGGCGAGUUUGGGGAUGCCGCUGGAUUCAUGCCUGAGCGUGGCGUUGCCGUCAAAGAAACUCCCGAGGAACCGCAGAUCCGGGAGCUUGAUCCUCCUCCGACGCGACUCCUGGAGGGCUUGGAGGUACCCGGACUUCCAGAGCAUGCUGUCGCCGUGGCAGAGCGCCUCCAGUCGGCGCGAAGUGCGGGGGAGGUGUUGGCCCUCGGUGCACGAGCUGUGGAGGCAGUGAAAGUGGAAACCGACGCUGCGCAGCGCGCACGGCGAUUGGGGCAACUGGCAAUGUCGCUGCAGCUUCUGGCGAAACAAGCCACCGGCUCAAAGCGGCUACCAAUACUUCGGGACAAACGGCUGCCACCCAUGCUGACGACUCUUGGCGACCACGUCCCAGGCACUGAGGUUUGGGUUCUUCCUGCAGCCAUUAGUGGCGUUGCCCGCCUCGGGGCGUUGGGCUCUGGAAGUGCACUUAAGAGCUCAGCAGCCAUGGCAGCCGACACCUUGGUGCGAGUAGCCAAAGACCGUCUGGACGACCUGAGCCCUGCGCAGUCAAGCCUCGUCCUGGCGAGCCUGGCUGUUUCUGCGGAGCUUUCAGCGUCCAAGGUGGGCCUGGCGUUGCAGCAGAAGCUGGUCUCCACCCUGGAGCUUCGCUGUCAAGAGCUGCCUCCGAAAUCUGCCGCAACCUUGGUACCAGCACUUGUCAAGCUCCGAACUUCCGGUGGAAUGCAGUUGGCCAAAGGUGUCGCAGAGUGCAUCGUGGAGGGCGCGGAGGGUGAGGGCUUGCCAGUGAACGACAUCGCCGCUGCAGCUGCAGGGCUUGCAGCGCUGCGAACUUUUCCUCCAAAGCUCCUGGAAAUGGCUGACAGGGCUGUGCACCACCAAGUGCACCUUUGCACCCCACGAGCCGUGGUGCAGCUUGCAGCUGCGCUUUCUGAAGGCGGUUCCGAUAACGACACCUUCAAAGACUACCUGAUGCCUGCCGCGCGAUCCUUUUUGCUGGACUUCGGGCCACGAGACCUUUGUACCUUGGCCGAGUCCUUUGCCAAGGCUUCUGCAGCCGAGACCGACUUCAUCGCCGACCUGGCGGACACCCUGCAGUCCAAAGUGAGUGACAUGGGCCCGCAUGAAGUGUCUGUGGCCUUGCUGAUCUUUUCACCUGUCUCCUACGCCGUGCCCGAGCUGAUUCCAGCGGUUUCGCAGCAGCUGAAAAGCGUAGUCGACGAGCUCUCGCCCAAGCAGCUCGCACGCGUUCUUCGAGGUCUGAAUGCUUGCAGCGUGGCAGAUGCUCCACUGUUCGAGGCACUCAGACGGCGCGCAUCGCAGCUGAGCCACGUCUUCUUUGGGACGCACGCAGUCGCGGCUCUCGUGGCAUUCGCGGAGGCCGAGCAGGUUGACAUCGCCACAGUCCGAACGCUAGGGGAGACCAUCUUGAGACAUCUUGACCGCCUCUCAGCGCAGGACUACAUCGUGGUGCUGACCACAGUUUCUCGCCUUCCAGCAGACAUGCGUUUGGUUAGCCUUCCUCAGAGCUUCGUGGAGGAACUCUUACAGGCAUUGCGUCAGCGUGGCUAUGGGGACUGGCGCUUGGACCCCGAGGCCGUGCUGCAUCUUUUGGAAGCAUUGAGAGCCCUUCGCGUUGAGGACGAAGUUCUCCUGGAGCUUGUGUGCGAUCGCCUUCCCGCGGCCCUACAGAAAUCCAAAACCUCACUCCCACUGAUGGUGGGAUUGCUGGAAAGCCUCGGAGAGCUCCCAUCGAGGAGUCGCGCACAGGUCGCAGCGCACCUCCAUCGACGACGGAAGUUGCAGUCUGCGUUGAAGGACUGCUUCAACCAGCACACGAGCAAGAAACUGGACUUGGAGGCGCAGGUGGUUAUCGCUCGCGCGCUCGCCGCCCUGGGGCUGGAGAAUCAGCACAUUCAGGCUUGGCUCGACCUGCUCGUGGCGAGUCCUCAGGCCGAUCUGGAGCGUUUGUCUGCAGAUUCUUGUGCAGACCUGGCCUGGUCGCUCGCACAGCUCUCCUGGCAGAUCGAAUGGAAUCGCCGAUUUUGUCGAGACCUGCUGAGGCGCUUGUACACUGCAGCAGAGGGUGCACUGCCUUUGCAUGAGGACGAGGUGCCUCUGCCGACCUUCCACUUACGCCCGGCCCCAACGGCCCUGCUCCGCCUCGCCUGGGCCAGCGCUGUCCUCGGCGAGGAGCCGCCGCUGGCGCUUCUCUCGGAGCUGCAUUCGAGCCUGCAGGGGCAGUUUCCGCAAGAUUGGUGUGGCAGUGGGUUGCGCCAACUUCAGGAAGUGGCAUUGCAUUGGCAGCUGCAUAGCAAGGCGAUCGGCAACACCGAGUCUUCGCAGCUCCCUUCGGAUGUGAAGGAGUGGUUGGCCUUAGCUCUCGAGGUGCCGCGGCCAGACCAGUAUUUUCGCCAGCAGCCACGCCGAGCAGAGCGCCGACGAAAGCAGAUUUCUGCAGCUAGGUACAGCUACGAGACCUGGCUUACGGUUACCUUGUCGCAACUCCGUGUGCCACAUCAGGCCCAGGCAAUUGUCGGCUGCCACCGGGUCCCAAUUACUUUCCGGGCUCAGAGACACCUCAUUGAUGUGCUGGACCUGCAGGACCUUACAGUCCCAGCGAAUCGUGUGACGGGUGCGGCGGAGCUGCGCCGGCGCCAACUCCUUCAGCUUGGCUGGGCCAUGCACUCCAUCCACCUACGAGAGCUUCACGAAGCCGUGCAGAAAGGCAAGCUGAGACUCACAGUCUCUAAGCUCAUCGCUUCCUUGGAUCCGGGAGCUGCCCGCGCGGCGUCCUUCUCCGAAUCCACUUUUACCAGCCGAGCACCCAAAGUACAGGUGCUGAACCGCGGCCGCUGGCAAAGCAUCACCACCGACCAGGUUCUUAGCGACUUCUCAGACAGCGACAUUGAGGAUGAGGAUGACCGGGGCUCUGCCCGCUUGCGGAAUCCUCGCUCGGUUCUGCGGGAACGAGCCGUAAGGGCAGCGCAGCAGAUUGCUUGA